UAAUCCGAGCACUUCAGACUCCGGGACAGGCAUAUUUGUCAUUAUCGGAUAAAGAUCACACUGGCCCAUUUGCCCAAAACCCGUUCUUUUCAAACCACUAAUUCAGAAGUGGGAGUGAGGCACAGAAGGGGAAUUACUCCGCGAGACUUCCGACUGAUUUCGCUUUUCCUCUUCUGUGCAGACGGGACACCCAGCUCUUUUCGGCAACUAUUUGAAAGACGAAUCAGAGGCAAAUGGAUCAAACAUACGGAGAAGUUAAUCAAUUAGGUGGUGUGUUUGUCAAUGGACGACCCCUGCCCAAUGCCAUACGAAUCAGAAUAGUGGAACUGGCCCAGCUUGGAAUCAGACCCUGUGACAUCAGCAGACAGCUUCGCGUCUCUCACGGAUGUGUGAGCAAGAUUCUGGCUCGUUAUAAUGAAACUGGGUCCAUAUUACCUGGGGCCAUCGGAGGAAGCAAACCCCGGGUCACAACACCCAAUGUGGUUAAAAGUAUAAGGGAUUACAAACACGGUGACCCGGGAAUAUUUGCGUGGGAGAUCCGGGACAGACUUCUUGCGGACGGAGUUUGCGACAAGUACAAUGUUCCGUCAGUCAGCUCAAUUAGCCGCAUUUUAAGGAACAAGAUUGGAAACCUCUCCCAGCCAAGCCAGUACGAGGGCAGCAAGCAACCACCUCCUCAGCACGCGCUUUCUUACAAUCACAUGUACCCUUAUUCAUACCCCAACACAAUGUCACCCACUGGGGCGAAAAUGGGCAACCCUGGAGUACCAGUCACUGCGGGCCACGUGAGCAUCUCCAGGGCUUGGCCUUCGGUGCACACGGUCAGCAACAUUUUAGGCAUUAGGGCCUUCAUGGACCCAACAGCCAUCGCUGGAGCCGAAGGAUACCCACCGAAAAUGGAGGACUGGGCUAGUGUUAACCGAACGUCGUUUCCCUCAGCUCACGUUGUCAACGGAAUUGACAAGGCAGCUAUUGAAACUGACAUUAAAUACCCCCAGCCUUCGUCAAAUCUAUCCAGUUAUGUCCCAGCCUGUGCCUAUUCUCCCUCCAACCAAUACGGAGUUUAUGGUGGGCCAGCAGGUAGCUACGUUAACCCAGGGCACCAUUGGCAGUCCCAGACCACGAGUCUUUCCCACCCAAGUAGCGGAGUGAUGCAUGGGGGAGACAUACACUCUGCAAUGGCCUUCAAACAUCCAUCACGCGACGGAGACAGAAAACCCCCCAGCCCCUUAAGCAAGCAGCAGCACGAGGCAUUGAGCAGUGUGCACGGACUCACUCUUCCUACCUCAGCGUCUUAACUCCAAGAGUGGAUUCACUGCAACGCGAGAGGAACUCAAAUGUCUUGCAGAUUAUAGGCUACAAGAGAAUCCUAAUUUAGUUGAACGCAUUUCAAGAAUUCAAAGAGUAAGUGAAAGCACUAUAUUUAUAAACUACCAGUCAUAGUUUUAACUACACUGGGGCCCAGAGUAUGUUCUAACGCAUGUGCAUAUAAAGAAGCCUUCAAAUGAACAAUUUGAAACAAGCAUGUUUUCCACAUGCCAUCCUCUCAUUUUUGUUAGCUGUAUGUGCAUUAUGUACAAUCACCGACCAACCAAUAAGUGCAACAAUGUUACAUAUUACAGUAAUUUACAGUAAUUUACGGUAAUUAAGAAACAACAACCUAUGUGCACUAGAAAUAUAUGUGUAGAUUAUCAAACCUGUCAUAAUUAAUUUGUGGCUUUUGCAAAAAAAAAAAAACCGAAAACGUUAAGAUGUGGAAAAAAAUCAUGUUGUAUUGUAUUUCUGACUGUAAAUGUAAACUAUUUGCGAAAGCUUUAAUUAAAUAUUUUUUUAUCAAUUCCUUUUUGUAAAUAUGCUAAAUAAAGGCAUCAUAAAACCAAGA